AUGGCUGCUGCGACGGAGAACGGCCACAUCGCAGUGGCAGAUGAGAAUGCCGCCCCUGCACCGACCACGGAAGCGGCCGAUGGUCUGGUCACGGUUUUCCACGACCCCGAGAAUUUCACCGUCAAGCACCCGCUCAUGCACGAGUGGACUCUGUGGUUCACCAAACCCCCCAGUGGCAAGGGAGACAACUGGAACGAUCUACUGAAGGAAGUGGUCACGUUCAGCUCCGUGGAGGAGUUCUGGGGCAUCUACAACAACAUCACUCCGACCUCCGAACUCGGCCUCAAGGCGGACUACCACCUCUUCAAGAAAGGCGUACGACCGGAGUGGGAGGACCUGCAGAACAAGCACGGUGGCAAGUGGUCGUACCAGUUCAAGGACAAGCGGUCCGUCCCCAUCGACGAGCUGUGGCUGCACGCCCAGCUGGCCGCUAUCGGCGAGACGCUGGAGGCCGACGCUGACAAUGAGGUCAUGGGCGUGGUGGUGAAUGUCCGCAAGGGAUUCUACCGUGUCGGUUUGUGGACUCGCACUGUGGGCAAGGGGACCCCCGGCGAUAAGAACACCCGCACACCGGCGCAGGGCAAGGAGGCUCUGGAGGCGAUUGGCCGGCGGUUCAAGGAGGUGCUUCGACUGAAGGAUACCGACGUGGUGGAGUUCUCGGGACACACGGACAGCGCGCACAGUGGCAGCACGCGCGCCAAGGCGAAGUACGUGGUCUAG